AUGGCAAGAGAUUUGGCACCACAUUCGAAAGACGGCACGGAAGGUCCUCAGAUGUCCAAGGUGAGGCUAGCGGCGGCUGCGGUCAAGCUGUGCAAACCGUGUAGCAAGCAAGCAGCUGCACACGCUGUUGCGCGCCCCUCCAUGCCGCAACAGCAGCUGAUAGCACCGGUGUCAGAUUGGAACAAGGCAGAACUGGUGUCAGAUGCUGCGUGCUUCUGGUGGCUGGACUCUGAACAGAAGUGGCAUCACUGGCGAUAUGACGUGAAGCGCUUCUUGUGCGACCCCGGGAUCUCCAUCGUCGCCAUGGCCCGGGAGACCGAAAGCGAGCGCUGCGCGCGGAUGGGACGCGGUCGAAAGCGGAUCGA